CGCGAGAGGGCAGGGCUGUUCUGAUUGGCGGGGAAGGGGAGGAGGGAAUAAUAGAGGGAAAAGGGAAGAAGACACGUGGCCCCGAUUCAUUUACUCGGGGAAAGUAGGGGGGAGUGAGGUUGGACAUGUUUGAAACAAGGUCAUGGUGGUAAUCAUUGCAUCCGAAGCCGUGUGAUCUCCUGUGCUGACGAGAUUGAUUGAUCCAUUUUCAGGCGUGUAUGCCUUCGGUGUGAUGGGGCUGCCGUUUCCUGAGGCAGAAGACGGAGGGGGACACGCACAAGGCAGACUCGUCUCUGCGCGUUGUCAAGGAUUGUGCGGCGAUGGCGGUGAUGAUUUACAGUAAUCUGUGAUGAUCACGGUCAUGUUGAUGCGGCAAAGCUGAUACGUCGAUAGUGGUGGUGGUGGCACUGAUGAUUAUAGUGUUGAUGGUGAUGAUGAGGGUGGUCGGAUGGCUGUACGGGCUUCAAAUGAUAUCGUGGAGAGAAUGGUCGAGCAGGGGGCCGGGGGUUGCCGGUGAAAAAAGGUGGAGUUCUAGUGUAGUGUGACUCCUGAACGGGAGUAGUAAUCCAAGCGCAGCAAGAAAUUGGCUGAAUUGGAAUCGGACUUGGGAAAAGUAAGGAUCAAUGAUUAAUAGCCAGAUAAAUCCAGGGAGGGAAGUCGGAAAGAUGAGAUGCUAGUUUGAUCCGACUGUCUCCGGUAAUCGACAUUGAUUACCUAGUAAAUUUAUAGUGCGAAAGAGAGUUAACAAAUGACUCACUGAAGGAUAGUACACGAAAGCAAGCGCGCCAAAUCAAGGUGAAUGAAAAGAGCGUAAGCGCGCCAACUCAAGGUGAAUGAAAUGAGAGAGAGAGAGAGAGAGAGAGNGAGAGAGAGAGAGAGAGAGAGAGAGAGAGAGAGAGAGAGAGAGAGAGAGGAGGUGGUGGGGGGUGGGGACAAGGAGCCAAGUAAUAACCAAGGGACCUUUAUGAACGAUCAGGCAAGGAAGGUAAAGGAUGCACGGAUGAGGUAAGGGAGGCGGAAGGCAACAGAGAAGAUCCCUUUGGCGGAUGGGAUUUGCGGAUAAGGAAGGCAUUACCGACGUACAAGACAAGAGUUCUUCUCCGUAGGCUGCACCUUCAGCAGCAGGGGCGAUGACGCAAAAGAUAAGGUGAUCCGUUUCUUUUCCCGCUCAGCUAUAUAUCAUUAGUCUACGUCACACUUACGAAACCCUGUCUGCCUGUCGUACAUGCACGCUUAUUAAAUCCGUACGCGGGCGAGAGGUAUGUGGAAAGCCCCCCUGGAUGGAUGCGCAGGAAGCGACAUACAGAGAGUCCGAUGCACACAUGCUUGUGUAUAUUACACAUACAGCAGGAUGGUGAGGGGGCGAGAGAGAGUGGCGGGGGAACAGAGACGGAGAUGCACAGGGAAGCGUGGAGGGGGAAUUAGAUAGAUAGGUAGAUGGAUAGAUAAGAGGAUAGGGGGGAGAGAGAGAGAGAGAGAGAGAGAGAGAGAGAGAGAGAGAGAGAGAGAGAGAGAGAGAGAGAGAGAGAGAGAGAGAGACAUUGCCGGCAAUCCCCAACGGAGAGAGAGUAGGAGGGAGGGAACCAGGGAGGAGAAGUGAACGAGAGGAGAGCAUCUGGGCUGUUGUUGGUGGAGGUUGAGGAGUGCUCGCCGUGAUGGUGGAGGUUGAUGAGUGCUCGCCGCGACAGCGGCUGCGUAUGCGGGACUCGACUUUAGACGUUCUGCCACCGGAGAUGAUCAUGCGCAUGCUGAGCCUGUUAUCACCGUCCGAUUGGGCUCGCGCUGCGCAGACUUGUCGUUUUCUGCGCUCUGCGUGUGACGACUUGCUGGGCACAGCUCGAGCCCUCGACCUUCGGCACGCGGGCGCGGCGAUGGACAGCAAGUGCUUUGCGAGCGUGGCGCGCAAGUUGGGGCCCAAUCUCCGACGUCUUGAUCUGGACUGCAGUUAUCUGAGGGACGAAGCGAUGGAGCUCUUGCCCCCCACUCUGAGCGACGUGGCGCUGACGGGCUGCGAUCAUCAUACAGACGCCCUACUGGUCAACCUUGGGGAGAGGCUCGGUCCGAACCUUCUCCGCUUCGCCUUCUCGGGUUUUGGCGGGGCCAUAUCUCGAUCCGGCUUCGAAGCGUUGAUUACCAAGUGUCCCAACCUGACCUGCUUGUGCGUUGACGGGAAUGGUCUCCUUGAUACCAACGCUAUCGUUAGGGCAGCGGCGGCCACGUGUCACAAUCUCAGCGAGCUGAGUACCUACGAUCUAACGCUGGAUACUUUCCGCUCCUUGAAAUCCAAGUAUAAGGUUUCUCUCCGAGCUUUUCGCCACAAAAAGCGGCGGAGCGGUGGCCUCUCCGUGGGCGACCAAUCUAUGCGCGCUAUCGUCGAUGUGUGUCCUCAGCUGGAGGAGCUGAACUUGAUUGAUAAAUCGGACGGCAGCCCAUCCGCCGAGUGGGAUCCUCAGUCAACGACGUUGACCGACAGCGGUAUUCUGCUUUUGACCCUGUGCGCGGAGACGUUGACCUCGCUGAAACUGGGUCUAAGCGGUCGAGCGGGGAACGAGAGGUGUUCAGAAGUGGCGGUAAUGCAGCUUAUGAGCGAGUGCAAGAAGUUGGUGCACGUGGAGCUCAGCAAUUUCCGCCGCCUGACAGACCCCCCGGUGUACGAGUUGAUCCAAUGCCAUCCAGCGUUGGUCGAACUAUGCCUGGACGCGGCGCCGAUUACCAACACGUGCCUCGAGGCGAUAGGUCAAAAUUGCCCGCGACUUCGAAUCCUAUCGGUCAAGUUUUGUAAGAAAUUGACGGAGAAAGGCCUGAUUUCCCUGCGAAAUUGCAGAUGGCUGGAAUCUUUGAACCUGGGCCAGACCAACGGUGUGACGGACACCAGCGUCUCCGCCCUCUGUUCCCAUUUGCCCCGUUUGAAAUCCUUGGUCCUCAACUAUGGCCUGCUCUCCGACAACGCGCUUCGCGCCAUUGCGCGCUGCUCGGAGAUGCAAGAUCUUGCUCUCCAUGGCUGCUCUCACGUAACUAGCAAUGGUCUCCGAACCUUAGCUUCCGGCUGCCCUCGUCUGCGUUUCCUCUGCCUUAGCAAUUGCGAGCAUAUUACCGACUCUGGUGUGGUCGCCAUCGCCAAAGCUUGCCCAUUUCUUCUCAAGGUGCGGCUGGAUGGUUGUCGUCUCCUGUCCAACCCGUCUGUCAGAGCUCUCGCUCAGCAUGCCCCUCGCCUUAGAGAUCUGAGCAUGCAGCAUUGCCCCAAACUGUCAGAUGGUGUUUUUGGUCACCUCCUGGGGGCAUCCUCCUUAAGGUUCCUUGAUCUUGGAAGGGGAAAGUUGUCGGGGCCGGCGGUGAGUGGAUUCAGGAGGAGCAGACCAAACGUCGAGAUUCAUUUGGAUGGGACACUCUACGACAUUACCCUGGAGCCGUAUUCUUGAACUGAAAGUUGACCUUUCGUGAAAGAAAAAAAAGGGGGAAAGGAGUGAAAGGAAGAGCGUCAGGGGAAAAAAGCCGACAAAAAUAACAAACAGAGUUCAACAAACUUGCAGUGCGCAGCUCCUUCCCUCCACGUUAAUCCACAUACUCUAUCCAUGAAUGCUCCUGACUUUCCCUACCCUCGGCCUGGCGUUUUUCUUACCGCCUAAAAGGUUUAAAGUUUAAACCCGGGCGAGAAGAAGAAACUGUUGAGGUGGCUGGCUGCCCCUAGCAACAUCUGUUAAGUUGGAACCAUACAGAGAAGAUUAGCAUGGCCCCUGUCCAAGGAUGACACCAUUUUUUUAUUGAGGAAAGUAAAGGUGAUGGAGAAAG